AUAAGCUAAAGAAGAAGAAUAAGAUUCGCCAUCAGACGUGUUUAAAAACGGAAGUAAACAAUGAAUCAUUUCCUAUACGGGAAGAUGUUGAAAAUAUGUUAAAUAUUGCACUAAACUCUUUAGAUUUGUUAAUAUAAGUUAAAUCAGCGAUCAUUUAUUUUUUCCGCCAUUUCGUGACGCGACUCAUUUUAUCGGUCGAUUUUUUUAUAGGGCUGUGUCCUACACCGGAGAGGAUUUCCGUAGUGCACUACAGUUAGUGACUGCAGCAGCCUGAAGAUCCGCAGCGUUUAGACACACUCUUCAGUGAAAGAGCGCGAUUUGGGACGCAGCCUGGUUAUUUUGACAUGAUUUCUCCAGUGGUCCGGUCAUGUGAAUGAAACUGAGUGGACAGUGUGUGAUAAAGAGCGCGUGCUGUUUGUUUUUUUUUUAACUCGGUUAUAAAGCUUUAAGGAGGAUUUCCGGCAUGAUUCUAACACUUUUAUUCCCGUUUUUUGUUUUUUAUCUCCCUACAAACGAGGCUGUGUUACCGCUGGUCAUAAACACCUGGGGCUUUGAGAACGCCAGUGUAACAGCAUGGCUCUCCCUGCAGGCGGGUUUGUCUCCUCUGGACGCUGCAGAGAGAGGGUGUUCGGUGUGUGAGGAGGAGCAGUGUGAUGGCAGUGUGGGAUUCGGUGGACACCCUGAUGAGAGCGGAGAGACCACACUGGAUGCCCUGAUCAUGAACGGCGAUACGAUGGAGGUGGGAGCGGUGGGAGAUCUGAGGAGGGUGAAGAACGCAGUGGGCGUGGCCAGGGCCGUGAUGGAACACACACGACACACUUUGUUAGUGGGAGAAUCAGCGUCAGUGUUUGCUCAGGACAUGGGCUUCAGAACUGAAAGUCUGUCCACUAAUGAGUCGGUGAACACCUUCUCCCUGUGGCUGAGGCAGAAAUGCCAACCCAACUUCAGGAGGAAUGUUUUUCCGGAUCCUUCCGUGUCCUGUGGGCCGUAUAAACCCCGCCCUGACCCGAGGCAGAGGCAGAGGCGUGGAUUAGUUAACCUCCGCUCCCACGAUACCAUCGGAAUGAUUGUGAUUGGUCAGAGCGGUCAGGUGGUCGCUGCAACGUCCACCAACGGAGCGUCUUAUAAAGUUCCAGGCCGUGUUGGGGACUCUCCGAUCCCGGGCGCCGGGGCGUACGCAGACAGCUCAGUAGGGGGCGCUGCAGCCACAGGUGACGGUGAUGUCAUGAUGCGUUUCCUGCCCAGUUUUUUAGCGGUGGAGUUGAUGAGGUCAGGAGCCACGCCCACCGCUGCCUGCAACACCGCCAUCUACAGGAUGAAGAAGCAUUACCCAGAAGUCUUUGGGGCGAUCAUCUGUGCCAACAGCACGGGUGGAUUCGGUGCAGCGUGUAAUAAAAUCUCCGGCUUCACACAGUUCCCCUUCACAGUCUUUAAUCCCCAGAGCAACAAAGCUCAGGUGCACAGAGUCGACUGUGUGUAACACACACACACACACACACACACACACACACACACACACACAUACAUACACACAUAUACACACACACAUACACACACA